CAUUUUUACUCGACGUCCUCGCGUCGUUAUCGUGUUAAAAAACGACGCGACGAUUUUCUUCGGGGGCUCGACGCUUGGAGCUUCGAAAUUCGACAUGUUCGAUCGUUCCUCCGUAUCAUCUGCUGGCAGGAAAUACAAGGCAUCCUGUGUGUACAUAAACGUCGACUGGCGUUAUAAAUCGUUCAAUAGAGGACGAGCCACUGGACGGAAAACAAGUCAUGUCGCGGCUCCUCGCGUCGGCGUGUGCUAUCUCGAUCGUCCUAAUGAUUUCGGAAACCGUGUCGCUGGAUCGACCUGGCCGAGGUACGACGAGACAGCUCGAAUCGUCACCCUUGUUCUUGUUCCACUUGCUGAAGCUGAAGCACAAGAUUCAGAGAAUAGAGAACAUUCCGACCAUACCGACAACCGCGGAUUGCAUUUGCAUACCUCACUAUCUGUGUGACAUCAACGGUACCGUCACGCCGGAUAAGAUCGGAACGAUCGAUAUUCGAUAUAGAAGAUGUACGGGUGACUUGGAAGUCUGCUGUCGCCUGGUGAACGCAACCACCACGACAACUACUACUACAACUACGACCAUGCGAACUACCACGACAACUAAAGCAACUACUACAACAACUAAAGCAACUACUACAACAACCAAAGCACCAACGACCACGACCACAACUCUUCCGCCAAUUAUAUUCCCGAAUUCAGAAUCCCCUAAUGCUGAAAUCUGUGUAUGCGUGCUGGUGACGCAAUGCGAUCCAAAUGGAAUCAUUGGAUCGUCAGGCGAGGGUGUGAUCAACCCCCGAAUACAAUACGUCCAAUGUCCCAGCAGCAAUCAGGUCUGUUGCAUGCCAACAGCAGUGAUACAGUAUCCUACAACUCCUCCAACUGCUCGUCAAAUCUGCGUCCUUUGUGGAAGCACGAUCCAGUGCAGCAAUGGGGUCGUGGUUCCCGUGAACGUCGGGGUCGUGAACCCCGUGGUGACCUACCAACAAACGUGCCCAGUGCCCACUACCUGCUGCCAAGGGAUUAAUCCAAUAUACAACAACGGGAUUCCAGUGGUACUGGGGCCCGUCAGGUACGCCAACACUCCUCAGGCUUGUUACUGCGUCAAGAGCUGGCUUUGCGCCCCUGGAAACUCGGUCAGUUGGGAUAACGCUGGCGCCAUUGACCCCAG